CCCAGUGACGCAGAGACGUCACCAGUCGGUAGGCGGAAAAAGCGGUAGUGUGUGUGUGUGUGUGUGUGUGUGUGUGUGUCUCGGUAUCUGGAGGAAAAAGCCAGACCGAGUGCCUUUAUUAACUAGAUUCACACAGCAGAUAUAAGAAGGUCAGCUCUGUGUCUGCUGUAAUGGCGGUUCCCGCGGGUCAGACGGAUCUCCAGAGGGACAGAGGAGCCCUGAGCGGACAGACUGUUCCCCCCGAAAACAACAUUGACAUCGACGAGAAAGAGUUGGAGAAUAUCACAAAGAAACACCGAGAAGACGAGGCGACGACGCUGCCUUUGCAUUCACCUUGGACCUUUUGGCUGGACAGGUCAUUACCAGGCACGACCGCUGCAGAAUGCGAAUCCAAUCUGAAGAAGAUCUACACCGUGCAAAGUGUUCAGAUGUUCUGGGGUGUAUACAACAACAUCCCUCCAGCCACAGCACUGCCUCUGAGAUGUAGCUAUCACUUAAUGCGCGGAGAACGGAGGCCACUGUGGGAGGAAGAAAGCAACGCAAAAGGAGGCGUAUGGAAGAUGAAAAUACCAAAAGAAAGCACUUCUGCGGUUUGGAAAGAAUUGUUACUUGCUACCAUUGGGGAGCAGUUUGCAGAUUACUGUGCCUCAGACGAUGAGGUCGUUGGUGUCAGCGUUAGCGUUCGGGAUCGGGAGGAUGUUGUACAAGUCUGGAACAGCGACGCUACGCUUGCUGGUGAAGCAAAUAUCUUGGGGAAAGUCCGUGAGCUCCUCCCGCACAUAUCUUUUAAAGCUGUUUUUUAUAAGUCUCACAUGGAACAUCAUGCCUUUGAAGGAGGACGCUCAAGACAUUAAAUGACCGUAAAGCACUUUUUAUUUUUUUUUCUAAUAAUUUCACCCUGAACUCUGUACCCGCCUUGACGUAAAAGUCGCUGUCCACGACCUAAUCAAGGAUAUUGUUUUGCAUUCAACGCGGAAAUUGUGAUCAAUAUAUUUUUAUAACUUUUAAUGGCCAUUGUUUCAUUUUGAUGUGGCUCCUCAAAGCGCUGAACUCCUCAGAGAGCGUUUAUCCAGCAUAAAUCCCAUCAGGAGUUCAUUAGCUCAUGUUGUUUUUUUGUUUUUUUUAACUUCCUCCUACAUAUACUGAACUGCACUGUCACGGUCCUGUUCUCUGCACGGCCCCACGGACCUCCACAAUAUAUUCCUGGUAUAGAGGUUAGCACCUACAAAAUGACUGUGUGUUUUAACUGUUUGUAAGAUAUCUCAAUUCAUAUUGGGUUUUUAAUUAAGUCCGCUUUAGUCAGUGCCAAAGCCCCUUUUCUGCCGUUUAAGUUUCUAGCCUGUGAGGGUUUUGUCCACUUCUGAGGAUGGAGCGAAUGUCCCAUUUGUUGUUUUUUUUUUUUGAGACUUCAUCAGCCGUACCAUCAAAUUAAAAUCAGGGUAACACUUGGAAAUAUUGCACAUGACUACCUAUUCCAAUCCCAGUGUCCCUCAGUUGUAAAGCCAUCGUAGGGAAUCAGAACAUAUGCCAGCGCAGACAUAUGGCCCUCAAGCUCUAGUGAGAGAGGAAGACCCGUCCUGAAAGGUGCCUCUUUGAAUGUUCUCUGCCACGCCGCAUUGGACGUUUCUUUUCCUACGCGUGUUGAAAGUAGACCCUCUGCUCUCCUAAGCGGGGUCACGGAUUGUUCAGCGUAUUACUCUUAAGAGAUACUGCACAUUUUUGUGCUCCGUGGUACUCGUCCGUACUUGUUUCCCUUACCAAUAUAACUGGACUGUUUUUUGUUUUUUCUUAAAACACACAAAGGGGAGCAUUGUUUGUUUAAAGGAAACAAGAUAAGAGCACGCUAAUUACAUAACUAGCAUAAUGUGUGGAUACAAUAUGUUAACAUCUUAUCGUUAAGAAAAUGUCCAAUAUGACAGAUGUGACUAGUUCCAGUAGUCACUGAGGUUUUUUUUUUCUACUGCUGCUUCAAAGACAACAACACACUUUAAACUAGAAGACACUGACUUCACCUAUUUGAGAAUGUCCAUAAUGAUAAAUAGCAUCACUGUUAAUAGAGAAAGAAGAUAUUUUUCUAUCUAGCGCCCUUUUUACAAACAAAUCACCCAGAUGGAGUUUCCUUCACUAACGGUUGUACAAUUGCAGUGUAGGCUACAGGUAUUAUUAUGUCACACCACUUUUAUAGUUCUACUUUGGACUGGUCGAUGCGUUAGUUUUAAGGGGACAAUAUUUCCUUUGUAAACAUGGUUUUAGCAGUGACACGGACAAAGUGAAUAAAAUGGAAAU